GCUGGCAGGCAGUGACAAGAAAAGUGCAAAGAGUCGACAUGUGUGGAUUACGCGAGAAGAAGAUGCUGGUGACGGCCGUGGUUUUGGCGGCGGCGGCGGCUGCGGUGAGGUCAUCCCCGAUGGUGGGCCCCGAGCCAAUUCGUUGCGCCCCUUGCACUCAGGAGAAGCUGAGCGAAUGUCCCGCUGUCCCGACCGGCUGCGGGCAGGUGCUGAGGGAGCCCGGCUGCGGAUGCUGCAUGGCCUGCGCCCUGGAAAGAGGGAGCGCCUGCGGGGUCCACACGGCCCACUGCGCCAGCGGUCUACGCUGCCUGCCCAGGCCCGGUGAGGCCAGGCCUCUCCAUGCCCUCACGCGGGGGCACGGCAUCUGCGUUGAAGACCAAGAAAAUGCUGACGGGGAAGCGGAUCACAGCUCCCUCCAGUACAUGCUGGGCUUUCCCAAUCAAGACGCUGCAGACGCUCAGGAAAGCAUCAAGGCCAAAGUGAAUGCCAUCCGAAACAAACUGGUACAGCAGGGUCCUUGUCACAUUAAGCUAGAUGCCGCCCUGGACGCCAUCGCCAGCUCUCAACAGAACCUCGGCGAGAAGUUCACCACCUUCUACCUCCCCAACUGCGACAAGCAUGGCUUCUACAAAGCCAAGCAGUGUGAGUCAUCUCUGGUGGGACCUCCCGCUCGCUGCUGGUGCGUCUCGGCCUGGAACGGCAAGAUUCUCCCCGGAGCCGGCAACAUCCCCGGCGACUCAGAGUGCCACCAGGAAGUCACUCACUGAAGCAGGAAAUUAUACACACAUACACACACACACACACAUACACACACACAGGGACACCUUCGUCCCAUUCACGAAGCCGAAUUGUAAAUUAUUUUAUUUAUUCAUCACAAGUCAUUUUUCAAAAAGUGUUCCCGUCUUUUUUUUAUUUUAUUUUUUUUUAUCGUCAAUUGUAAAUAGGGCAACACUGUAUACAUUUGUUUCUGACUGAAUAACUCCAUUCCUCAAAAACCACAGCCCUGCAACCACUGCCAAGCCCCAUUUUAGGGCCUUCUUUUUUUUUUUUUUCUUCAAUUCAUUCACAUCGACACAGCCGCUCAUUCAUGCAACAUGUUGACAUUGUCUGCAUGCAUCUUCAUUUUCUCAAUGGGGGAUACUUAAUGUGCCGCAAGUAUGUGUAUGCUGGUCAAGCACAAACAUAUCAGGGCUCAUCCAAGCUUCUACAUUUGUCUACCUCUGCAGUUACCCACCUCCUCCCCUCCCUUUAUCCAAAGCGUCACUGCUUUAUAUAUAAUAUAAAAUCUGACAUUUAUUCUUAUAUUUAUGCAAUAUUCCAAAGUUUAUUUUGUAAUCGAGGACUGAUGUACAGCAGUUACUGUAUUUUCUGUUAUUUAUGUGUAUAUGCCAAAUAUAUUCUGUUCCAAAGUC